GAUAAUAAUCGCUCGAUAAACCACAGCGCGAAUGUGAAAUCCGACCCAUGCGCGUUUAACGUAGAUACGCUGUAAUGCCCUGGGCUUAGCCUUCAAAUAACCCUUAUAUAACAGCAGUCACAUCGCACCGGCGACUGGAGGAAACGGCAUUGUGUGGAAACUGUGCGCUCCCGUCUUUCGUAAACCGCGCGUCCGUGUCGCUCUCGCUAUGAGUUCGCGAACUAAUGUUUCUUGUUUACACGAGGCCAAACGAGUGGCUAUUUUUGGAGGCACACAUGGAAAUGAGAUGUCUGGCAUAACGCUGGUAAAUAUGUGGAUACAGAAUUCAGCCGAAAUCGAGAGAAACGGACUGCUGAUCAAGCCGUUCAUAAGCAACCCUAGAGCCGUGGAGAAAUGCUCCAGGUACAUCGACACGGAUCUGAACAGAGCCUUCACACCAGAGAACCUCAGUGCUCCAGAUGUUGAAGGGCUGCUGUAUGAAGUCCAGAGGGCCAAGGAAAUAAAUCGGAUGUUCGGACCCAAAGGAAGCUCAGAUGCAUAUGAUGUCAUCUUUGACCUUCACAACACCACCUCAAACAUGGGCUGUACUCUCAUCCUGGAAAGCUCAACAGACCUCUUCAACCUUCAGAUGGUGCAUUAUAUUAAAAAAGCUAUGGCUCCCCAUACCUGUUCAGUACUCUUAAACGAACACCCACAGCUGAAGUAUUCAACCACACGCUCUGUGGCCAAACACUCUGUUGGUCUUGAGGUGGGCCCUCAGCCACAGGGUGUUUUGAGGAGCAAUGUAUUCGAGUCCAUGAGGACCAUACUGAAGCACGCGCUGGACUUCAUCGAGCUCUUCAAUAGCGGUGUAGAGUUUCCUCCAUGUACAGUAGAUGUAUUCCGAGUCCAGGAGAGAAUGGAUUACCCCAGAGACACCAACGGCAACAUCACGGCUAUGGUGCAUCCUCAUCUACAGGACUGUGACUGGGAGCCUUUGAACCGGGGUGACCCUGUGUUCCUAACGUUCGAUGGGAGAACAAUCCUUUAUGAAGGUGCCAACACAGUGUACCCCACGUUUAUUAAUGAGGCUGCAUAUUACGAAAAACAGCAGGCUUUCACCACCACUUGUAGAGAAAUGCUAGCUGCUAAUGCUAUCAGAAAAGCAUUCAAUUAACGUGUUCUCUUAGAAGUCACUAUGAGUGUCAGAUAGUUGACAUGAUAUGUACCGUACUUUAAUUAAAUGUCAACUUCAACAUUUUUCUAAUUCUGGAAUAAAUAUAAUGGAGGUUUAAAAUGGUAACACCACAGGACUAUUAAAUUGAGAAGUAAAAAAAGGCAAACAUUUACUUAAAUUGUCUUAAAAGAGACAAGUCGCAAUAUCAAAAAUAUACAUGAUAUAUAACAUAUAUAUCUAUAUAUACCAUAUAUAAUACUUAACAUUCAAACAAUUGUGGUCAGUAAGAUAUGCUUUCCCAAAAAUAUUAAGAAAUGUUUCUUGAGCAGCUAAUCAGCACAUUAUAAAGAUUUCUGAAGGACCAUGUGACUCUGAAGACUGGAGUAAGAUUCACAUUUGACAUUACAGGAAUAAAUGACU